AAACCACUGUUGAUACGUGCAGAAAAAUGGUCGUCCAGGUUAACGAUAACAUUUUAUUAUAAGUUAUUAUUUUCUGAAAAUAAAUAUUUAAUAGUAAUAUUUGUAUGUAAUAUAUUUUCCAAAAUGGGUCUUCUAGUCAGACAAAUUUUUAAUAUAUUAAGAAAAAUGCCUAGGUCUCCUAAUAAGACUUACAAACGACCAUUUACAGUCUGCGUAGAAGGUAAUAUUGGAAGUGGAAAGACUACUUUUUUAAAUCAUUUUAAAAAUUAUGAUAAUGCUGUGGUCUUACAAGAACCAGUAGAACUAUGGCGGGAUGUUGCAGGAGUUAAUCUAUUAGACCUCAUGUAUAAAGAUCCAAAGCGGUACGCUUUUUUAUUUCAAUCUUAUGUACAGUUGACGAUGCUUCAGUUACAUACCUAUAAAACACAAUCACCCUACAAAAUCAUGGAGAGAUCAGUUUACAGUGCAAGGUUGUUUAUAGAAAAUAUGAAACGUAGUAAAAUGUUACAUGAUAUUGAAGUCAUUGUUUUAGAAGAUUGGUACAAUUGGUGUAUUAAAAGUGCUAAUAUAGAAACAGACAUGAUAAUAUAUUUAAGGACAUGUCCAGAUAUUGUUUACCAAAGAAUGCGUAUACGAGCUCGUAAAGAGGAAAAUGCUGUAUCAUUAGAAUACUUGAAACAAAUUCAUCAAAUACACGACGAAUGGCUACUUCACCAAAACUUGUUUUCUUUGCCAGCACCAGUUGUUGUCUUAGAUGGAAACAAGAGCAUUAAAGAAAUGGUAACUGAAUUUGAAAAAUGCAAAAAUACCAUUUUUUCUAAUCGAAGAGAAAAUAAAAAGGAAAUAACAACAAAUACAACUUUAUCUGAACAAAUGGAGUGUCAGAAAUAAAAGCGCUGGAUGUGUAAAUAGUUUAAGUAUUACAUUUUUGCAUUUAAAAAUUUAAAAUAAUUAGUGUUCAAUUUUGUUUCUCUUAUAAAAAUGUAUUAUUACAAGAUACAAUCUUCAUGUAUUUAUUUUCUUAUUAUAAAGUUAGUUAAUAUUCUGAAACUAUUAACUGAUAUUCUUUCCAUUGUCUUUUUAUUAGACCAAUUAUAAUGUUAUAUGAAAUAUUUAAAUAUUGUAAGUAAAGAAAAAAUAUAUUUGUAUCUACAUUGU